AUGGAAGGCCUCAGUCCCGGAGUUUUUGGUUAUAAACCAGCUCCAUCCAUCUGGCAUAAAGACGCCGACAUUAGCAUAAAUUUCUUGUUAAGCUACGUCGGGAAUCAAAUGGCUCAUGCCGAUGGCAUCAAGAUGGCAAAGUUCAAUGUGGACAGCGCCGUCUACACUUCAAAGCGGAUGAUUCGUCUACCAGAUGAUGACCUUCAAAGCCUUUGCAUUGACUGUAUUCCCGAUUGGAGCGCGCGGGGGGAUACCGCUUUAUAA